UGGCAGAUGUGAAGAAAACUGGAUUCCGUUCUAAUUAAUGUUUCAAUAACUUUUUGUAAAAGUGACAUUAAUUUUUAAAUUAGUAUUUUAGAAAGUUGCCACCACCAGUUUUUUCUUUUCAACUGUCAAUGGAUCCAAGAAGCAAAGGUCCAAAAAAUCGUGGUCAUGGCAGACCGCCAACAAACACUCAGCUGUUUGAAGACACGUCAAUGAAUCCACCAACCUAUGGAUACCCUUCUAAUAAUUAUGACUACAACUAUUAUGGUUCACAACCAACAAAUUUUUAUAAUGCAGACUAUGCAGCUUCGAAUGCGUCUGCAUCGUAUGGACAACCAGCACCUCCUCCUUCAUAUCCUGGCCAACAACUCUUCAAUGAUCCCAUGGCCAACAUGGCAAUGCAGUAUGGCCAGACACUAGCUGGACAGGGAACAGACCUCCUUAAUAAAAAUAUAGAAAAAUAUGUCUCAAAAAGCAACUUGAAGUUUUAUUUCUCGGUUGAUACGAGUUAUGUAGUCAAGAAAAUUGGUUUACUCAUCUUUCCUUUUGCACACAAAGACUGGUCUGUUAAUUACAGCAAAGAUGAACCCCAAGCCCCCAGGUCUGAUGUUAAUGCAAGAGAUCUUUAUAUUCCUGUGAUGGCAUUUGUGACAUACACCCUGCUAGCUGGUUUGUUGCUGGGAAUGCAGAACAGGUUUUCUCCAGAGCAGUUGGGGGUUAUUUCAAGCACUGCUCUGAUAUGGACAGUGUUAGAGUUGACCAUCUUGUUGAUAACAAGAAGCAUACUCAACAUACAAACUGGUGAUUAUGGACCAUCGUACUUAGAUUGGCUGGCCUUUUGUGGCUACAAAUACGUAGGGAUGAUUAUGAUCUUGAUGCUAAGUGUCAUGUUUCAGUCAACUGGAUACUACUGUGGUCUAGUCUGGAUGAGUCUUUCUCUUGCUUACUUUCUUGUCAGAUCGCUGAAAGUUGCCAUACAAGGUCAUUCUGAUCCUGGUUCUUUUGAAAGAGGCAACAAAAGAAAGUUGUACAUGAUGCUCCUUGUAUCAAUAUCGCAGCCACUGUUGAUGUGGUGGUUGACAAGAAAGUUGGCUAUUUCUGACGCCUCUAUGGUUUCUUCGUUUUCUGCUGGUCUGAAAUUAGGUGGAACUGAUAAGAACUGAUGCCGCCUGUUUAUUCAUACGUUCAUUAUAACCAUAUAUAUACCAUUUAUUUGUCAUUACUCAUCUUAUUGUUAAUUUUUUUCAAUAUUACAAUUUGUUUAAUGUUAUGCCAUAUUAAAAAAUUUUGCAUUAAAAUCGGU